AACUUCCGGGUACGGGUCUCUUGACUCUGUACAAAAGCAGGAGACAACAUUUCUGUGGUGCAUACCGAGUGUGACUGAGCUGUCAACAAUGAGCAUCCUUUGGCAUAUAACUAGUCUGCUACUGCUGCGUUCCUGCACUCCAGGUUUCUCCACGCAUGAUGGUAUUGUUGGCGGUAAAGUCUCCAUUCCACACAGUCGACCCUACAUGGUCUACAUUCGUGACUCUAAAUCCAAAGCAGUAUGUGGUGGUUUUUUGGUAAGAGACGAUUUUGUGUUGACAGCCGCCCACUGUAAACAUAGCCAUCUUAAGGUGUAUUUAGGGGUCAGUGACAGCAACUAUUUACCUGACGGUGUAGCUGUAGAUCCAAUUCCACAUCCAGAAUUCAAGAGCAAUACACCAGGUCAUGACAUCAUGCUUUUAAAGCUUGAAACCCCAGCAACUUUGAAUAAAAAUGUGAAGACUAUCGCCUUGCCAAAAAAAGCGAGUCUCAAACAUGCAAUCUUAAAGGAUUGCAUGGUCAUGGGUUGGGGCUUGCAGGAUUACCAUGAUAGCCAUCCAUCAAUAGUCCUCAAAGAAGCAAAUGUAACUCUGUUGGACUCUAAAAACUGUGGGACAAAUGACACUCUGUGCAGCGCGGGAACGACUGGACCGGCAGGGGGAGACUCUGGGGGUCCACUUGUUUGUGGAGAUGUUGCUCAGGGAAUUGUAUCUUAUUACACAGCGGAGUCAAAUGGAGACCACCGCACAAGAUACACUGACAUUUCCCAAUACCUUCCAUGGAUUCAUUGCAGUAUGAAUCCACCUCCUCCGAAGCAACAUGAAACAUGGAAGGGCAACCUGGAUAAACUAAUUUAGUUCAAAACAAGUUGUUUGGUUCAAUCAUCCAUGUUUGGUUUUAUACAACAUUCAGCACAUCUGUAACAUUAAAUGUGCAAUUUUAAAAUAAAGGCUUAUUCUUGUCAGUUUCACAUAA